UAAAAUAAAAUAUAAAAAAGGAAAAUACUAUGUAAAUCCUGUCGAAAUCUACACAUAACUACACACAAUUACACAAAAUUUAAGCUGGACAAAUUUAAACUCAUCAAAGCCGCGACGAGCAUCGAGGAAAUUGCUGCAAUGGAACCCUCCGCUUGCGAAGGCGAGUUGGAGUCCGCCCACAAAAAAGAUCUGAAGGCAUUCGAGCGGCGGCUCACCGAAGUGGUUCUAUCGUACAGACCUCCGACGUUCCGAUGGCGCAUUUUACUUUCUGCCAUGUCGAUGUGCACGGCCAUUGGUGCCUGGUACUGGCUGAGGGAUCCCCGCACCACGGUUGUGCCCCUGACGGAAUCCCUCUGGAUACAUCCAAUCUUCACAGCGGCCACAGUAACCUUAAUUGUACUCUUUAUUUUAGGCAUACAGAAGUUGGUGAUAGCGCCACAGAUAAUCACAUCGCGGACGCGUAAUGUGCUGGGUGACUUCAACAUGAGCUGCGACGACACGGGGAAGCUGAUACUGAAGCCCCGCCAAAGCAAUAACAACAGCACAUGAGCUGCCAACAGCUACGCAGACAAUCAAUCAAUUAGUUAAUGCAUCCAAAAACUAUCUAACCCCCGCCCCCUGCCCUGCUUAUAUUGCUCCGGACACUCUUGUUUUAUACACGAAAAUUUAGCGUAACUACUUCCCUGCCCUUGCCCCUACACUACUUCCAUUUCCGUUUAGUUAUAGAAAAUUCAUUGUAAAAAAAACAAAGUGACUACUGUUAAGCUUAAUGUAUUUCGUUAUGGCGUUACCCCUCGCUGCCAAAAUACAACCAAAAAAAGUAAAGCUGCAUUCAAAA